UUAUAUGACCAAUUCUUCUCUUCUUUUUCAUUUGACACUAUCUUCACUUCCACUCAUAUAAAUUCAGCUUCCACACCAACCAACCUUAUAACCAACAUAACCAGCAAAACUAACUCAAACCUCCAUAACCACCAACAUGGGCAGGAAGAGAAAAAACACUGAAAUUGCUGACAAAAACAAAAACUCUCCUGAAGGAGAAAUGGGUAGUAAUAAUUGGGAUGAAAUGGUGAUCAGAAAAGCAAGAAAAAGAUUUGUCGGAGUCCGACAGAGACCGUCGGGGAGAUGGGUGGCUGAGAUUAAAGAUACCAUUCAGAAAAUUAGGGUUUGGUUAGGAACUUUUGAUACUGCAGAAGAAGCUGCAAGAGCUUACGAUGAAGCUGCUUGUCUGCUUCGUGGAGCGAAUACCAGAACUAAUUUUUGGCCUUGUUCACCUUCCUCUUCUUCAUCACCGGCUCUUCCUUCAAAGAUUACUAAUCUUUUACUUCAAAGACUCAAAGCACGAAACCUUUCUGCUUCUGCUUCUGGUUCCGCUUCUGCCUCGCCACCAUCAGCAGGCAUAUCUUCAUUGCCUGAUCAAUAUCGUCAAGAAAAUCAACAAGUUUAUCAUCAAGAAAUAACUCAUCAAGAAUCAUCGACAGAAUUCUCAGACACGCAAAUAUUUUCUGAUUUUCUUAAUGAUCAUGAAGAUCAUUAUAGUUCUUCUUCUUCUUCCAUUAAUAAGAUUCUUGAAUCUUGUUUAACUGAGAAAGAAGCAGAACUAGAAUUUGAUUACAACUGUGUUAAUGUUGGUGAUAUUAGUAUUACACAGUCUUCUUAUAGUGGUGGUGAUGAUCAUGAUCAUGAUCGUGAAACUAAUGAACAAGAAGAGGAAGGGAUUGAUACGGGUUUUCAAUUUGUCGAUGAUUAUGCAUUACUAUCAUCUGCUUACUGUUCUCCGUUCGAUAUUGCUGAAGAAUUCGAUCAGGAAGCAGUAGAGCCGGAGAAUUUGUAUGAUGAUCCUUCCAUGCUUAGAGCAGCAAUGAAGAGGAUGAAAUAUGAGAGGAAAUUUUCAGCUUCCCUGUAUGCAUUCAAUGGAAUUCCUGAGUGCUUAAGAUUGAAGCUUGGAUCAGUAAAUUGUUCACAGGGAACUAGAGAGAGAUCUGUUCAGGUGACGAAUCUUCGGAACGCGUGUUACAAGAACAAAGGAGAAGAACAAGAAAGGAAUGCAGAAAUGGUGGAGAAGAAUAAAGAAAAUUCAAGUGAAAUGGGUAGUUCUGAUGGUGAAUUAAUGUCAAUUUGGAGCUCACUUGAUCUUCAACCAAUUUGCUUUGUUAACUAAUUAUUCAAUUUUAGGAUCUUGAUUUGAUUGUCAUA